AUGGUGCAUACAACGGCAGAAAGACUUGAAAUAAUUGAAUUUUUUUUUGGAAAUAAUCAAUGUGCUAAUAGAACGGCGGAAUUAUUUAAUGAGCGACAUGAAAACAGCAAGGUGCAGCGAAAGUAUGUUUUGGAGCUUGUUUCCAAAUUUCAAGAAACUGGAUCAGUGACGAAUCGCAAACUCAAUAUUGAAAAUCCCGUAAGGAAUGAAGGUAUGGAAGUGGCUGUACUAGGGCAUAAUAAUGUAGAUCCUACAUUAAGUACCAAUCAAUUGGAAACUGUCACAGGUAUUAGUCGACGUAGUAUCCAAAGAACUCUAAAAGCUCAUAAGUUUCAUCCGUGCAAAAUACAUCUUGUGCAAGAGCUGUAUGAAGAUGAUUUCGAUCGGCGAUCACAAUUUAGUAAAAUUAUGAGUGAACGAAUUAUUAAUGACCCAAAUUUUUUGUUUAAUACGUGUUUCUCUGAUGAAAGCUCUUUUUUCCUGAAUGGCUUGGUCAAUCGUCAUACCUGCCGAUAUUGGUCCGACAAUAAUCCUAGAGUGUAUCGUGAGGUACACACCCAAUACCCACAAAAGUUAAAUGUCUGGGCUGGUAUCUUUGGUGAUAAUUUAGUUGGUCCAUUUUUUUUACCUGGAAAUCUGACAGGUGAAAUGUACUUAGAGCUAUUACCACAGGCCAUUGAUCCAGCAUUGACAGCUAUAAUUGAAACUCAAAAUGACAGAUACGAUGAGGAUAGAUUGAUGUUUCAGGAGGAUGGUGCCCCACCACAUUAUACGUUAUUCGUGCGAGAAUAUUUGGAUCGGACGUUUCCAGGACGAUGGAUUGGAAGAAGAGGUGCUAUUGAAUGGCCUCCACGAUCGCCGGAUUUAUCACCUCUAGACUUUUUUCUUUGGGGUCACUUAAAAAGCAAAGUUUAUGAGACUGCGUGUGGGUUCUUCGUUAGAAGAUUUACAAGGCAGAAUUGUAAAUGAGUGUCUUCAAAUCACGCCUGAAGUAUUGCAGAACGUGCGACAACGCUUUGAGCAAAAUCUUUUUUAUUGUAUGGAGAAUGGAGGUGGCCAUUUUGAACAUUUAUUAUAAGCUAACACUUAAGCAAAUUCUUUUUAAAUCUAUUUUUGCGAUAAUUUUUUGAAUGACUAGACUUAAAGUCAAAAUAUUCUGUAAUAUGAUAGAGCUAUCUCAUUUUUUGUCUCAUAAUUUCAUAAUACUUGAUGGUUUUGUCCUACUG